CAACAUCGUCGAGGCGAUCUGCUGAAAUGGCCCAAGGCCCUCGACAAGACAUUAGCAACAUCUACACGGCGGAACACUCGCAGACUUUUGCGGGCUCGUUCAGAGACAUCUACCUCUCCGCGAAAGAGGAUUCUCAGACUUCGUAUGAAAGAGAGGCCAGACGGUGUCGCAACGCACUUGCAGCCACCAAUCCAAAAGUCGUCCGCGAGAGUCUGAUUAGUAGACUCGGGGUACGCGUACCAGGUACUUUUGAAUGGAUAGCCGACAAUGACGAUUUCCAGGCCUGGCAGAGCGGCGAUAGCGGGUCGCGACUGCUGUGGAUUUCCGGGGGUCCAGCGACUGGCAAAACAACGCUGGCGAUUUACUUGACCGAAGAGCUCCAGCGAUGCACCGUGUUUGGUUACGAUCUGGUCUUCUUUUUUAACGAAAGCGGUCACGGCGGGAGUGGUAGUGCCGUUGAUGUGCUGCGCAGUCUAGUCCACCAGAUGAUCACUUUACGUCCUGACUUGGUCAAACAUGCGCUACCUUAUUUUGAAGAUUCCGAAACUACGCGGAAAUCACUCGCAUCUUUGGAGACGUUGUGGGUCAUCUUCCAGGAUCUGGUUCAGGAUGCCGAUCUGGGCAAUGUCUUGUGCGUCGUCGAUGGGCUUGAUCAGUGUGAGGAGAGCGGAGUGCAGCAGCUCGUGCCCAAACUCACCAGGUUGCUCGCUGUGCAUAGUCCAGACUCGCCGGUUCAGUCACGAUUCUGUCUCCUGAUCGUGAGUGACCAUAUUAACGGUUUAUAUGGGUGUCCGAGAAUCAGGUUGGACGAUGUGGACAACGCCGCGAAGAUCGCCGAAGAUAUCAAGCUGUUUAUCAAAACCCGGACUCGCGAGUUGUAUGGAAUCAAAGGAGUUGACGAUGGUCUCGUGAAUGAUAUACAGAUUGAGCUCCUCGAACGCGAAGAAGUCACAUAUCAAUGGAUAUCUCGGGCGGUGAAAGACUUCUUGGGAAGCCAUUCAGUUGUCGAGGUCAGAGAAAAAUUAAGUACCCUCAUUGGAGGCUGGACCAUCCACUUCUAGAGGCACAACAACCUCCAGCAGACAUCUGUCGCAAUAACGAUUGACGGAAACGACGUACGAAUUAGAGACUAAAAGAACAAUUAUCCGGUCAAAGAGCAUAUCAAUCUGCCAUCGUGAUAAUGUGCUUGCCUGAAACUUUCCAGUAAUGACGCAAGCAGUCAGAUUCGCCACCAAUGCGACAUUGGAAAGUAGGAGGUAUCAGCGCAACCACGUCAGAAGAACGCACAAACAGUUAAGUAGGAGUAAUUCUACUAGUAGUAUUUGU